AGCGGGCGGGGUGCUCAGAAGGUUCUGGCAGUUGGAGCGGUCGGUUGGCUUAGCGCAGUUGGUCCCUAACGGUUGUUGUCGCUGGGGUUAUUGUGUAGCCAUGGCCCGUGGGAACCAGCGUGAACUUGCCCGCCAAAAGAACAUGAAGAAAGCCCAAGAACAGAAUAAAGGAAAAAGAAAAGAUGAGACUCUGUCUGCUUCUCAGAGGAAACAGAGAGACUCUGAAAUCAUGCAGCAAAAGCAGAAAGCAGCUGAUGAGAAGAAGUCUGUUCAGACAGGAGCAAAAUAAUCUGUGGCUACACAAAGGACCUAAUAAUGCUGCAGUGCAUCUCAAAAUAUAGGGCCUAAAAAAACAUAUUUGUAAAAGUAGCCAGCCAUUAAAUUAAACGGUUAAUGUUUAUCUUCUAAUUGCUCACUUGUCCAGUAUGCAUUUAUUUUAGACGAUCUGGUUAUUGUAGUGCAGUUGCCGCUGACCUGGCUUUAAUUAAUAGCAUCUGUUCCAAUAAAAUUGGAUUCUAAAUUCUUAAUUCCCUUUGCAUGUCUAUAAGUAAUAGUAGUAGUAGCUUGACUGCAGUUUUCAUUGUUAAAAUGUUGGCUUCGUAAAUGGUAUGUGUGACUGUACCAGUUAUUAAAUAUUAAAGUAGACUUGGAAACUUGUGUGGCAAUUCAUAACAUUCAAAAGUGAUGCCAUUUUAAAAGCCCAGGUCUGUAUACUUGCUUUCCACUUUGUAAAGGUCAGCUGUAAAGUUAAUCGUAAAUUAUUUUUACAAUAAAAUGAUGCAUGAA